GACGAGCUUUAAAUCCAUCCAUGCAAGAGGUGUCAUUCCACACACAUACACACACAUGCAGAGUCACUCUCACACCGAACGUGUAGAUGUGUAUAGACAACGACUCCUGCUACGGUACCACACAGGUAUGACCUCAGUCAGUCGUCUUGAUAUGAUAGCUUGGGGGGCGGGCCUCGCCCAAAGCGGGAUGUGAGGACCGGUCUCGCUCUCGAUUCGCCGUCGUCCGCAGCCGGAGCAGCUCGGCCCACGUGUGAGAGCCGUGCCGCCGCGUCCGAGGAAGAGCAACUAAUCGAGAACGAGCUCAUGCCAUGACCAUCCACGACCAGUCCAGACACACACAAGCAUGCAAUGCACCAACAACAUGUAUAUCCAUGCAGUCUCUCUGGAAAACUGCCGUCUAUGCAUCGGCAACUCCAACCAGAUACCUCUCCAUCACACCCAACGCCUCCCUCUCCCCCUCACCCGCCGAACCCAGAUACCGCUCCCGCACCCGCCCAAGCAGCCCCUCCGCCCUCUCCCUCCUGUCCCUGGCUGUCUGGUUCAUCCACACGUCGGCUACAGCCACAUAGAGCGCGCCUGGCCCGUCUGUCCCAAACUGCUGCCGGAUGUGCUCCCGGAGUAGUGUGCGCAGCAGGGCCACAGACGUCGAUGUCGAUGUGCGUGUGGGUGUGGGUGUGGGGUCGCGUGAGGGUGCGGGAGGGGGCGGGGCUGGGGAUUGUGUGUUGAUGAGGCAGGACAGCACCGUGUGGAAAGGGCAGCAUGAGAGGGCGGCGGGGACGUCCUGGGCCUGCAGGUAGUGGUGGGCGGCCUGGCAGACAGGACACGACAACACACACACACAGAUGAUGUGUGGAAGGGCCGUGGGCGUGUGUGUGUGUGGUGUCUGUAUGGCUCAGUCACUUUGAAGGGCUGCCGGUCCGCGAGAGCACGCCUGGCCAGCACGGGAUGGAUGACGCUCAUCGGCACCUUCAGCUCAUCAGUCAGAAACGACAUCUGCAGCACACACAAGACACACAAGGCACACAAAUGGAUGAGUAAAGCGCGAACAGGGCCGCAGGCAGGCUGAGAGAGCGCAUUGACCGACCUGAGUACCGUUGUCGAGGCUGAGGUUCCUGUUGAGUAUCUCCACAACCAACGAGUCACGAAGACCUGACCGCCCCACAUGUCCAUCAGCCUUCCCCCCACCCGCCCGCCAUGCCCGUCUGUCUCCUCCUCCCCCACCUACCUUUGUUUGCCAUGUGCAUGACGACGAACACGGCCCACUCCCACCAUCCCAUCAGGUCCAGCUGGAACGCCAUGGCGGCGUGCAGCCGCUCCACCCCCGCACUGCCCACACGCAGCGGGUCCUCGGCCACGUCGCCCCGUGUGCGGAUGAGUGUGAGGACCACCGGCCAGACCAGCAUGUGGUCCAGGGGGUAGGGCGUGUGGCUGGCCGUGUCGAAGCAGACGGGAGGGAUUAUCUCGCCCUGGCGGUAUCUGAAAGCACAAACACGCUUUUUUGUGCGAUGUGCUCUGCGUGUUCCGUAGCGUGUGUGUGCGUGUGUGUGUGUACCUGAUAAUGGUGUGUUGCAUGUCGAUGUCGGGUCGGUUUGGCUGUCCGAUCAGGUCGAUGGGGUCGGUGCUGCGAGGGAUGUACGGCGGGAGGGGCGCCACCGUCUCGUUGACAUCCACCUUGGACACCAUCAUCGCAUGAGACCUCAACGCCUACACACACACACACACACACACAUCAUCAUCAUCAAACACCCCGGCCGGCACAUUCUCCCCUCUCUCUCUCUCUCUGUGUGUGUGGGCGUACACUUCCGAUGGGGUCGGUAUCAUCGCCCGUGUACAAGACGACAUAGGCCGCCAAUCCCUCCCGCCACUCGAGCGCCCCCAUCUCCACCUCACCAGCCGCACCAGCCCACACGCUGCCCAGACGGCUCAGCACCGACGUGGUGGUCUCCGCCAGCUCGUUGGUCGCCCCCAUCUCGCGGCGCAGACGGGCCUCCUCUGUGUCUCGGACGAACGGUUGCGCGCCCGCACUGUGAGUGGCGUUCAUGAGGGCCAGCAGACGGCUGCCGGGGAGGGUGGCGAGACGGUCCUUAGUGGCACUGAUCACUCCAUCAGACUGACAGACAGACAGGAGGGGAAGCAGGGCGUGUGUGUGAGGGUGUCUUGGGGGCGAGGGGGAUGGCCACAUGGUCACUUACGUGCUGUGACCGCAUGAGGCGCGGGACCAGGUCGGCAUCGACGUCCUCAUCUUGCUGCUGCUGCUGCUGCUGCUGGAGGUGUGCCCUCGCGAGGGCGUGCCUGCCCCUGCUGGCAUUCUCCUUGACCACCUUCUCGCGCAGCUGACGGUGCGUCACGACCUGCAAAUGGAUGGAGGGGAACAUUCACGAUGCUGCACCCACGCACAGAAAACAUGGAUCUGCUGACCUUGAGCCAUCCUGCGAGGCCGUGGAGAGCUCUUUUGUUCACGGCGGCCAAGUCAUCGGCGGCCCCAUCUCCGCCGCCCCAGAGAGCGUGGAUCUCCUCGAAGGUCUCGAGCGCGUAGCGUCCCAGGUACCAGCCGCUCUCGGCCUCCAGACACCGAAGCAAAUCCAGCUGACGCACUAUCAACCUACACCACACACACACACACACACACACAUGCCUGCACGCCUUCAUGGUGUUAUCUAUGGCUUGCCAGCCGUAGACCCGUACCUGCUAACGAUGGCCCCAUCGCGCUUGAUGGCCACGUGUGGCAUCCCCCCUGCCCCUCCCCCUCCGUCUGCCUCUGCCUCUGCCUCAGUGACGACGAUGUCGCAUGCCUCAAGGUGCGCCCGCAUGACCUGGGCGUAGGCCUCCGGGCGUGGGAGGCCGGUGGGGUGGUGCGCUCUCGCCCGGUCAGGGAGCAUCCUGCUGGGCGGGGGCCGCUGGGGAAUCACACCUGCACAGACAGACAUGCAAUGGGGGAGGGUGGAUUGUUUAGGUGUGUGGGCCUGUGUUGGUGUUUGACGUAGGUACCUGUGCUGAAGGGCUUUUCGUUGAAGGUCUUGUUCACCGUCACGAGUGGGUGCAGCGCCACCAGCUUGAUGUGGGUGCCUCUCUGCCCACCCCCACCGCCCCCGCCACGCGUGCACGGAAAUGCCACCAGCCCCCGCCCGCCCGCAAAGCACAUCGACACGCCGAAACCCCCCUCAUGCACCCGGCCCGUCCUCUCCGGCAGCCGGCUCGUUGCAGCGAGGCCCCCCUGCAUGGGCACAUCGAUGGGGGUGCCACCGGGGGUGAACGCGCAGAUGUGCAUCCGCUCGUGGAUGGGCACGUCGCUCGCCUCUCUCUCGCCCUCCCGCGCCUUCCUCGGCUCCUUCUCGGGUCGCUUGCGGGCGCCGAGGCGCGUGUCGAUGUGGGCUGCUGAUCGGGGCGGCGGGGUGGGCACGUGUGGGGGCGAGGGGGGCUCCGGCCGCUUCUUUCUGGGGGCCAGAAGUGACGUCAACGGAUGUGCCUCCGUCUCUGUUUCUGCCGCUGUCUCCAGCAGCUGCCUCCUCUCCCUGGGUGGGACAAUCUGCACCCGCUCACGCGCCUGCUCACGCAGACCGACGCCGCCGGUGCCCAUGCCCACCCCAGCCGCGUCGUAGGCAUCAGGAGGCGGCAGUCGGUGGCCUCUGAGGGGCAGCGGCGAGGGCUCGUGAUGGUGCUCAUGACGGUCGGGAAGGUCGGGGUAUGUUGGCGGUGCGGGGCCCUCAAAGGUCGGCGCCACGUUCGGCUGGCUCUCCCGCGCGCCCAGGCUGAAGAAGUCCUGCGCGAGGCGGCCGUGGUCCUGACGGCGCUCCUGGUGCUCCUGCAUGUCUGCUGGGUGUAUGUCUGGGUGCUGUUGGUCGAGUGGGUCGAUGAGCUGCUCUUGUUGUCCGAAGCCGGAGAUCUGCUGGAUGAUGGGCGAAGCACCCGCUGCUGCGAUGGGUGUGUGGAUGGGCGAGGGGGGGCGGACGUCGGACCAGUCGAUGUGCCGGAGCAUGUCGUACUUGGUGAAGUGCUCCACCCAGAAGCUGACACACAUGGUGAAGAGGGAGAGAGAGAGAGGGAGGGAGGUGACACACAAGUGUGUGUGGUGUCGGAGGAGUCGCUUGCUUACUGCCACUCCAGUUGGUCGACGUUGAGGUUGAUGAAGUGUGCCGCGGGCACCCGCUCAGUCGCCACACGGAUGCGCUCACCCUGACGCAGCAAAACCCGACACCAUCACAAAACGACACGCAAUGCACCCAGCCGGCCGGCCAUGUGUGUGUCCCCUCCCCCUCCCUGUCCCCUCCCCGCCAGCGCUGCUUGCCGCUCUCUCACGCCAAUUGUCGAACUGCCGCUUCAAACUGACACAAAACGCAGAGCGAGAGGCAUCCAGCCACACCACACGAAUCAAACCACACGCACAAUGGCUGACCUCGCAAAGUUCUCCUGCAUGUCCACUCCCAGCUUGAGCAUGACCUCGCACCGCUUGUUGAGCUUGCUGCCCACCUCCGGCUUGGUGGCCUCGUUGGGGUACACCUCAAUGUAGCCCUGCUCCAGCUUGACGUCCCUGUCGAGGUUGACCUGGCGCAUGUCGGUGCGCCCUGGCCACCUGGCCUCGCCCACCCCGCCCCGCCGGAUGGUGAAGUCCUGCACAGACGCCAGCUCCUGCUCCGUCAUCUCGCGCAUCGACUCGAUGGACGGGGUGCAGCUGUACUCCAUAUUUGACAGAGUCGGCACCAAGGACGGCGCCACCCUCUCCCUCACCAUCACCAUACCAGCACCCCCAACACCCUCAGACGCCCCCGUGCCGCCGCCCUCACUGCCAGGGAGCCGGGAGGCCCUCGGCACGACCAAACUCCUCGUCGAGUCUCCGGUCACUGGCGAGCUGGCGAUGCUCGAAUCAGGCUGCGCCGAUGGCUGUGGCGAUGGCUGUGGUGUGGAGGGGCGGAGGUAGCCGACGCCGCCUGACGGUGGUUGCUGUGCGCUGGUGUCCUCCAGGUCGCGUGCGAGGCGGCUGGGGUUCUGUGGGAGGGAGGCGGAAUCGUCCUCGGCACCUGAUGGAUAGGGAGGAAGGGAAGCGGGGGACACAGGUGAACAAGUGACUGACACGUGUGGUUGGUUGUGUGUGGGCGUGGGUGCGUGUGGUCGCAUACCGAGCUCCUGUCCCCUCGGGCGCGACCGACCGACGGGCUCACGGUAGCCUGAAGGAGAGCAAGGAGAAGCGCAGAGGUGACAGGAAGGCCGACGUGUGUGUGUCCGCCAGCUCAGCUUCUCCAAGGUGGUUUGGCUUACUGAGCAGGCCGCGUCGCCCCAAGAGGUCCUGUGCAGUGUACCGUCGAGCGGGCGGCGCAGGCGCAAGCCGCCGCGGAACUGCUAACGCACCUGACACCACACGACAUACGAACAUUUCCUGGCGUCUCUCUCUGCUGCUGCCACGGUUUCUGACGCACUUUGUUCCACAGCCGGUGGGAGCGCGAAUGCAGCCCGUCCAGUGGUUGCAGCAGCAGUGGCGACGGGCCUGCGCCUGAUGUGCUGGGGCAGUGGGCGCCACAUGUAAAGCGCUGACGUGGUGGACGGGGCGGACGACUUGGGCAGCAGGAUGCCGGAGGGGGGAGGGGGGCGCAUCUCGAGAGACGACGUCGCGCCGAGGCUGGGCGCUGGUGAGACGCAUCACGCCACACACACGGAUGGAAACCGAGAAAUCAGGCCAGUAGAUGACGGGUGUGUGUGAUGGUGCAUUAGGACUUUACCUGUGAGGAUGGGUGCGACGAGCUGCUGCGUACUGACGGGAGCAAACAGGGCGCCCGGUUGGCUGCACAGGAAGGGAGGGCAGAGCAACACACACACCAGAGAGAGGACACACUUGAGUGCAACACGCCUCCCCUCCCCUCCCCCAUAUAGGAUGUGCAUCACUCACUGCCUCCCUACCCCAUUUGCUGCUGCUGCUGCUGUUGCUGUCCGAAGAGGCUGCCUUGUGGCUGUGAGAGCGACGGCUGGCUGAACAGACCACCACCAGUGUUGCCGAACAGACCGCCCCCCGCUGUGCCUGUGGUGCCUGAUACACAGACAAAAGGAUGAGGGAGUGUGUGCGGGGUCUGUCGGAGGGAGGGAGGGUGGCUGAGUGCCGCCCGCCCCAUGUGUGUACCUACCUCCGAAAAGCCCGCCUGAGGUGGUGCUCCCGAACAGGCCGCCGGCAGGGGCGGCACCUGCACACAAUACACAACAAUCCAAUCCACCAACAGCACAUAUCUGCAUGAGCACUAUGACGCUCUCUCUUUCUGUAUAUAUCUCGCUCCCCUCCGUCAUCCCUCCCUCAUAUAUCCUACCGAAGAGCCCUCCAGUGCUCGCCGGCUGCGCCCCAAAGAGACCUCCUGUCUGUGCGGGCCCAAACAGCCCGCCAGCCUGCUGCUGGCCCGUGUUGCCGAACAGACUGGUUCCUGUCUGGGCGCCGCCGAACAGCCCACCAGUGGGCUGCGCUGCGCCAAAUGCCGGUGUGGUUUGGCCGAAGAGGCCGCCAGCCGUCUGUGUGGUGGAGCCGAACAGGCCGCCCGUCUGCGGCUGUCCGAAACCGCCGAAGCCUGGCGGGCAGAGACAGAGGGGGAGGGAGAAGGAAAGGCAUUUGUGUUUUUGUUCGUUGUGGGUCGGAUGGGGUGUGGUGUGGUGUGGUGUGUGGGGUGAGUGAGAGUACUUGGUGUUGGCUGUGAGCUGCCGAAGAGGCCGCCGGUCUGGGCGGCACCGCUCGACGCAGAGGCACCGAACAGACCGCCUGGUUGUCAAUAAUCACAAAAUGAAAGGAAACAAUGCCGCACCGCAGCUCUCUGUGUGUGUCAUAAGCGCAUGUGUUUCUCACCUCCAGCGGCCGGUGCAGGUGUGGAUCCGAAGAGGCCGCCCCCCGUGCCGGGCGCGCCGAACAAACUGCUGCCCGUCUGCUGCUGACCAAACAAACCGCCACCUGUCGAUGUCCCACCUGACACGCACGGACAUAUCACACCCCACACCACACCAAAUCAUACCCCACACCACACCAAAGUCAACCAACAGGCCCAUCCAACCGACUGGUACCUCCCUCCCCUCUAGAGACUGCUUGCCUACCGAAUCCCGUGGUGGUGGCGCCUCCUCCGAAUAGCCCUCCCGUCUGCUGUGGCUGCUGCUGCCCGAAGAGACCUCCGCCGGCAGGCUGCUGUUGGGGCUGCCCGAAGGCAGAGGUAGACUGCCCGAAGAGGCCUCCGGUGGUUGUCGACCCGAACAGGCCUCCGCCCGUCUGUGCGGCGCUGGACUGGCCGAACAGACCACCGCCGCCACCAGUGGCUGCGAGACGAGAGGGAAGAUAGAUACGAGACGUGUGUGCGUUGUGUUGUGUUGGUGUGUUGCAAGCGUGUCGCUGGUCUAAUUACUUCCAAAGACGCCUCCGGAUUGUGGGGCCUGGCCGAAGAGGCUGCCUGACGUGGUGGUGCCACCGCCAAACAGACCACCUGCACACAGCACACACACACACAGGAGAGUGUUUUGGUGUGCACUGAAUGAGCAUGUGGGCGACUGACCUCCUGACGAGGCGGCCGCUCCCCCGAACAAGCCGCCUGUGCUAGGGGCAGCCGCACCUAACACACAUACACGCAUACACAUACAGAGAGAGAGAGACGACAAGCAAGGAACGCCAUCCAUCCGUCCAUCCAUCCAUGCAUGGGUGUGCCGGUGGGUGGCUCACUCUGUCCGAACCCUCCUGACGCUGCCCCGAACAUGCCGCCUCCGCCGAAACCACCUGUGGGUGCUGACACACACACACACACACACACACACACACAGAGAGAGAGAGAGAGAUGGGCCCAGAUGGAUGGACACAUGCGCGUGUGUCAUUUCAUCUAUGUCAACAACGUACCUGAUUGUGCAGUGGUGCGGCCAACAGAGUAAUCCUCAAACCGAAGCUCCUCUAAAGACUGCACACACAGCACAACACAACACAACACAACACAACACAGACACACACAUACACACACACACACAGAGAGAGAGAGAGAGAGAGUAGAGUAGAGAGAUGACACACAUCAUCAUGGCAAGGCAUGGGAUGGCACCAAUCAGGUGUGUGGGGUGUGGUGUGGUGGCUGAGUAGCCCACCACCUUGCCCUUCCCCUUCCCACCCACCCACCCACCCACCCACAUACGUACGCACCUUAUUCUUGUACUCGUCCAUGGCAGCGAUGUGCUGGUGAGUGGCCUUGGCGUCACCCUGGUCCCGGAUGAGCCGCAGCUUAACCGUCGUGCCCUGAGCCGCCUGCACUCCUACAACACCCACUGACGUCACAAUUGCAAUGAGUGAGAGAGAUAGAGAGAGAAAGACAGACAGGUGAAGAUGACCCACACAGUGUUUCUGUUGUUGUCGGUGCUUACGUCCUCCAAAGGCUGGUUGUGCCGGCUGUGCGCCAAAGAGUCCGCCAGUUUGGGCGGGCUGACUCGGCUGCCCAAACAGACCUCCGCCACUGCCAGCACUGGCGCUGAACAAGGCAAACACCCCACAUCACCCCAUGACACCACACAUCACACACACACACACGCACACAAUCCUCAUUUACCCGAAUUGAGGCGUUUGCUGCUGGCCAAAGAGGCCGCUAGUGGGCUGCUGGGACUGGCCGAACACUGCACACACAGACACAGACACGGACACAGACACAGACACAGACAACACAGGCAGACACAGAGAGACCAUCGUGAGAUGGGCAUCACCACACACCUGGACAGGGCGUGUUGCGUCUACCGUACCUGGUGUGGCAGUGCCGCCGAAGAGGCCUCCCGUGGCCGCAGGCUGGCUCGCCGGCUGCUGCCCAAACAGGCCUCCCGAUGGCUGUGCCGACGCGCCGAACAUCCCACCUCCAGACGGCUGGGCGGCAGACUGCGCAAAUACUGCAUCACACACACAACACACGCAAGAGACAGCACAACCAAGACGCCCAUACACACGCAUGCACCCCAGUGUUGUUCCCCCCUGAGGCUCCCUGCGACAUGUGUGAGCUGCGUGUGUGCUUACGUCCUCCUCCCGUUGUUGGCGCGGCGCCGAACAGCCCUCCCGUGGCCGCAGGCUGGCUCGGCUGCCCGAACAGCCCUGUGGACGGCUGGGUGGUGCCAGUCGACUGCCCGAAGCCGCCGAACAGGCUCCCCUGCGUCUGGCCGAAGCCUGCCGGCCUCUGUGCCGAGCUGAAGGCUCCUCCUCCACCAAACAGCGACAUGUUUGCUGCUCAAUGGCUUGUGACUGGAUGGAGCUCACACACAGGGAUCACGUAGCAUGCAUCUUGCGAUAUGGUGCAGCUGUG